AUACCUACUUGUUGAAACACGGCAGCAAUCCAAACAAACCCGAAUCCAUAAAUCCUACAACCUUGCUCUCACUGUUAAGGGACGACUCGCAGACACGCUAGACGCACGACCUUCACUCGUUUCUUUUUUCUUUUCUUUCUUUAGAGCAGCGCCAAGAAGAGGAGGAGGUUUGAAAACACAAAGGGGGAAACACCUUCCGAAAAGGGAACGGGCCCAGGAAAUUCCCCGCAACCCCUCCCCAAACUCCCGAAGUGACGUCAGAACACGUGAUGCUCCUUUCUUCCUCCUCUCCCGACUUCCCCUUCUCCCUCGCGUGGAGCGGCCGGCGAGAGCCCAGAACGCACCAGGCGCGCCGCGUACUCGUCGACUCCGGCACCGUCGGUGCCGAACUGCGCUCCCGCAGCGCCGAAUGUCGACCGCCCCGGCACCAGCCACGCGCUCUCCGCCCGGUCGAAGGCGUGAGCAGCAGCAGCACCCCGGCACCACCACCACCGUCGCCGCCGCCGCCAACGCCCGUAGCUGACUUCGGCGGCAGGGCGGAGGAGAGCUGCUCCGAUGCGAUCGGUGUGAAAGUUCGCAACAGGAAACGCGUCGGGUCGAGGAUGUAGCGAGUCGCAGAGGCCGGUCAGCCAGCACAGAAGCCGCUACGAACAAGGGCAGAGGGAGACGAGCGAGGAGGGUCCAGCCAUGCUGACCGCGGCCAGCCUGGAGUCCCUGCUCCUGCAGAUGCUGGACCGGCUGGACUCGCCGUCCCCGGCCGGCGGACGCCACCGAGCACGCCAGCGGGGCCGCUGCUCGCUGCGCGCCGAGAUCCGGACGCUGGACCUGUGGCGCGCCGUGGUGGGCGAGUGCCUGGCCACGUUCUUCUACGUGUUCCUCGUGUGCGGCGCGCACGUGUCGUGGCCCGGAUACGCCGAGCCCUCGGUGCUGGCCAUCUCGCUCGCGACCGGAGCCGCCGCGGCGGCGGUGGUGCAGUGCUACGCGCGCGUCUCCGGCGCCCACAUGAACCCGGCCGUCACGCUCGCCGCGUUCGCGACGCGCAAAGUGAGCCCGCUGCGCGCCCUGCUCUACGUGACGGCCCAGUGCGGCGGGGGCAUCGCCGGAGCGGCGCUCCUCUACGGCGUCACACUUCCGGGCCACCGGAGUUCCCUGGGAAGCAGCCGUCCCCACGAGGCACUGGGAGCCUGGCAGGCGUUUGGCGUCGAGUUCGUGCUCAGCUUCCUCCUCGCGUCCACGGUGUUCGCUACGCGGGACCCUCACCGAUGCCAUCUGUCCACGGGAGGCGCGGACGCCCUUGUCGUCGGGUUCGCCUACCUCACCUGCACCCUGGCCGGGCUACCGGCUUCAGGAGCUUCACUGAACCCAGCUCGUUCUCUCGGUCCUGCCUUUGUCAUGAACAAGUGGAAAAAUCACUGGGUGUACUGGUUCGGGCCCGUGGCCGGAGGUCUGUUGGCCGGCCUCAUCUACGAGUACAUCUUCGACACCAAGAGAUCAAGCCGGGACGUGGGGAGGCGAAGCGUCGAGGACGCCGACAAAGAGUACCGGCUGGAGGACGACUACGAGGACCCAUCCAGUGCAAAGAACGCAAAGUACGCGACCGUCUCGCAGAGCCUAAACGGAGGGGUGGCCUCUGGGAGCACAGCGCGGCACGCUCGCGCGGCGAAGGCCGUCCGCCAGCAGCAGCAACAGCAGCAGCAGCAGUCGCAGCAGCAGCAGCAGUACGAGGCCGGCUGCUUCGGCCGGCCCGCUGCGAACACCUACUCGCCCACGCCGUCCCUGGCCUUCCCGUCAUGCACCGAGGCGGCCUACGCGAGCACUCUUGCAGCCGCAAACUGCACUGCGCAGAUCUACGACCUGGAGAUGCCUUCCGGUCACUUUCGGCGCGCCUGGAGUACGGACAAGGACCUCGACCUUCAGGACUCCAAGUUGUAUAUAUAAUGUACAGUGCCAGCGCAAUGUAUUGGAGCGGAAAAGAUGCCGGUUGUUCCAAAGAAAACUCCGACGAAGAUGUAGGAAGUGCACGAUCCGCG